CCAGUUAGUUAAAUUUUAAUUGCUUGACAAUAAAUAUUGAAAAUAAGUAAGCACAGAUACCCCCGUUUUGAAUGAUGUACUAAAAGAUUCCUAUGAAAAUCUCGCCUGUUUAAACUCGCAUGAAGUAAAUUUCAUCAUGAAUUUUUAACAAUAUAUCCCAUUAAAUGCUAUUCUCAGUUUAUCUGCAAUUAAUAUUGAUAAAGGAAUAACCUGACUUCAAAUUUCAAUAUAACGGAGAUUAUAUUAGGUUUACUUGCGUGUUUGGCGUCAGAAAGGGAGGAUCUUUAGAUAAAGCUGGACAAUUUGUGUGGUGUUUCUGAAAAAUUUAAAGUUUUUUAUGUACCAGAGUGAAAUAUAACAUUAUGAGGAGUACUUUUUAGCUCAGAUACUUAUUGCUUACGUUGUAAUAACUAAAGAUUAAACUGCUCGCUUAUUAUAUCAUCUCAUAUUAUAUCAACACAACUCCCUGUUUUGGGUAAAACUAAAGCAUCCCUAGCAAAACGUUGGCCAUUGGUUUGUAGAAAACAAAACACCAUGGAGGAGACACAUAAUUUAUCAGCAGCUCUCAGGUAUACAACCUUAAUGCUUCGUAACUUUAGUACGACUCCAUUUCCAGGUAUUCGUCAAUAUCACCCACAAUUCGAUGUUGAACCGUUUAAACUUACAAUGGCCAUUUUAUAUGGUGUUAUCUUUUUAAUCGGUGUGCCGGGUAAUAUUCUCGUGAUAUUGACAAUUAUACGUGUGCCGAAAAUGAGAUCAACAAAGAACUUAUUUAUUGCCAACUUAGCGAUAGGCGAUUUAACAAAUAUGUUAUGGUGCUUGCCAACUGCGUUGAUAUCUUUGUAUAUAUCAUGGCCCUACGGUCAAGUGGUCUGCAAAUAUAUAUUUCCACUGGCUGAUGUUAUUAUUGGUAAUACAAUUUUUACAAUGGUAUCCAUCGCCCUUGACCGCUACCGUGCUAUUGUCAACCCGUUUACUGCAAAGCCAACACUUCGUAAGACGAUCGUAAUCAUUGUGGUGACCUGGUUUUUGUCGUAUGCUCUGAUGGGAUUGCCGUUAGUGCUAGCCUUUAAAGUGUCGAAAGGGUAUUGGGUUGAGUUAAGCUGCAACUUGGCGUGGAAGAGUGACUUCCAUAAGCUUUUUUAUCGAUUAGGAACGUGUACCGUUUUGUUUUGCAUCCCGUUCGUGGUCGUCCUAUUCUGCUAUGUCCGCAUUAAGUUGAAGCUGGAAGAAAAUAUUCGAUUCGCACGCGAGUCUAUUCGUGGUCGUUCGACUUUGCUUCGUGCGAAAAGAAAUAAAAAGCUGAUCAACAUGUUCUUAGUCAUUUUUUUAUGCUUCACAUCGUGUUUCUUACCUAUCAAUGUGUUAUUAUUGACCGUAACAUUUCAUCAGGGAAUACUUCUCUGGAAGUACGCUGGCAUCGUUGUUCAGUUUGCAGUCGCGUUACUUUUUCUUAACUCGAUUAUGAAUCCGAUUAUAUUGUACCGAUUAAGCAAAGAUUUUAAAAUCGGGUUCUACGAGCAAUUACUGUGUGUGUGCCCGAAAACCAGACAAUUGGACGAAACGAUAUCAGUUUUACGUCGACGACUAUCAACGGCAUCUUCUUUGUUGUCGGUCGUAUCUUUUCGGUCAUUUCGUACGAGUCAAGAUCGAGUUUCGAUGAGCGCAGUGGACGAGUUGGAUUUCGUAAACGUGAAAGAACAAGACGCCAGUGAACCUCCAAACCGGCUUGUGGUACCUUCAAAGAAAAGUUUCAGUGAAUCAUCUGAGAGCCUUACAUUACUCCCAAAAGUUAGAACAGGUCAAAGGAAGAGUGUAACGUGGUUCAAAGAUGAUGUGCAUGGAAGCUUGAUUGAUAAACUAGCUAAAAGUGAUUAAAUUUUAGACAGGGCAUUUUUUUCUUUAAAAAAAAUAAAAAUUAUAUAAAGUAUUUACAACCUGUAUUGAAUUUUUUAGGAUUUCUUUUAUAAUAUUUUACUCUAGUAGGAUUUUCGGCUAACUUCGUUCCCAGAUCUUCUGGUUCACUUUACGCAGGCGCCUUACGUUAAAUGAAGCGCUAACAGAGAAUUCGAUUUAUUGGAGGACUAUUUUAAUAAGACUUUUCUUUGUAGCGAUUGUAGUCUUUAUAACUUGUCUAUGGUGCCUCGUAUUCAAAAUGAGGAAAAAUAAUACUAACUGUAACAGAUUUUAAUUUUUCCCAUUUCCAAAGCCAGUAUUAAAAGAAAAUUCGGAAAAGGCGUAUUAAUUUUUUAUUUAUUUAUUUAUU